GGGAGAGAAGCCUGGGGCCGGGGGCACCGAGCGGGGAGAGCCCGGCCCCGAGAGCAGAGCCGCGAGAGUAGACCGGGCGGGAACCGGCCGAGAGCCGGAGCCCCUCAGGCACCUGCUCUACCGCCCAGCGGAUCGGCGCUCACGGAGUGGCCCGCAGGGCCCCGCCCGGGCCCAGUCCCUCCCCGGGCCCCCCCAUGGCCCGGGCCGCAGCCCUCCCGCCGUCGAGAUCGUCGCCGACGCUGCCGCUCCUGCCGCUGCUGCUGCUGCUGCUGCUGCAUCUGCUCCGGGAAACCGGAGCCCAGGAUGUCCAAGUUCGAGUGCCACCCGAGGUGCGGGGCUACCUGGGCAGCACCGUGCAGCUGCCAUGCCACCUGCUGCCUCCAGGACCGGAAGUCCGAGUGUCACAGGUGACCUGGCUGCAUGUAGACGCGGCCGGGGUCAGCAAGAGUGUGGCUGCCUUCCACCCCUCCUACGGCCCCAGCUUCCGCAGCCCAAAACCUGGUGAAGAGCGGCUGUCCUUUGUCACUGCCGGGCAGAGUGCAGGGACCAGGCAGGGCACCGAGAUGGAUCUGCGAGACGCCACGCUGGCCCUCCGGGGACUGACAGUGGACGACGAGGGCAACUACACUUGCGAGUUUGCCACCUUCCCCAGUGGCACCAGUCGGGGGGUGACCUGGCUCAAAGCCAUAGCACAGCCCCAGAACCACGCCGAAACGCAGGAGGUCACGCUCAGCCUGGAACCCGUGCCUGUGGCCCGCUGUGUCUCUGAGGGUGGCCGCCCACCCGCUCGAAUCUCCUGGUUCUCACCCCUGGAUGGGGAGACCAAAGAGACCCAGAUGUCGGGGCCCGUGCCCGGCACAGUCACUGUCACCAGCCGGUUCACGUUGGUGCCCUUGAGCCGCGCAGACGGUGUCAAGGUCACCUGCAAAGUAGAGCAUGAGAGCUUCGAGGAGCCGAUCCUGCUGCCUGUGACCCUCUCCGUGCGCUACCCCCCUGAGGUCUCCAUCUCCGGCUACGACGACAACUGGUACCUAGGCCGCAGCGAGGCCACCCUGAGCUGUGACGUCCGCAGCAAACCAGAGCCCACAGGCUAUGACUGGAGCACGACAGCAGGCAUCUUCCCAGCCUCAGCAAUAGCCCAGGGCCCCCAGCUGAUCAUCCACUCAGUGGACAGACUGGUCAACACCACAUUCAUCUGCACAGUCACCAACGCCGUGGGCACGGGUCGUGCUGAACAGGUGGUCCUCGUGCGAGAGACCCCCAACACAGCAGGCGCAGGGGCCACGGGUGGCAUCAUUGGGGGCAUCAUUGCUGCCAUCAUUGCUACCGCUGUGGUCGCCACAGGCAUCCUCAUCUGUCGGCAGCAGCGGAAAGAGCAGAGGCUACAGGGGGCAGAGGAGGAGGAUGAUCUGGAAGGGCCUCCCUCAUACAAGCCACCAACCCCCAAGGCGAAGCUGGAGGAGCCUGAGAUGCCCUCCCAGCUUUUCACUCUUGGGGCCUCAGAGCACAGCCCACUCAAGACCCCCUACUUUGAUGCUGGCGUCUCAUGUGCUGAGCAGGAUAUGCCUCGAUACCAUGAGCUGCCCACCUUGGAAGAACGGUCAGGGCCCCUGCUCCUUGGGGCCACGGGCCUGGGUUCCCCCAUCCUGGUGCCUCCUGGGCCACCUGUCAUGGAGGGGGUUUCCCUGGACUUAGAGGAUGAUGAUGAGGAGGAGGAAGACUAUCUAGAUAAAAUCAACCCCAUCUAUGAUGCCCUGUCCUACUCCAGCCCCUCUGAUUCCUACCAGAGCAAAGGCUUUGUCAUGUCCCGGGCCAUGUAUGUGUGAGCUGCCAUGGCCCUGGCCUCUCACCUCUCACUUUUGAGCCCUUCACUUUCUGGGAUCUAGAUCAGGGAUCUAGUGCUCCCUGACCUCUGGCCAGGCCAUGGUCAGUUAACACACAAAAAUGCAUCUCAUCUGUGACUUCUGCCUUGGUGGCUCCACUAUGACCUCUAAUCCAUGAUCUCUGACCCAGAGAAACUGGCCAUGACAACAGAAACCUGGUAACCUUAUCUCACAUGGGGGCGGGGGAGUAUGUUUCUGCACAACCUCUGACCCAAGGUCUCCUAAGACUGUGACCUUAGAUCAUACCUCUCAUGUCCCAUCAUCUCCGGACUCCCCCCAAAUCCCAAAGAAGACCCCAGACCUCCGAGUUGUCCUCAGGCAGUAAAAUCCCAAUAGUUCUGCUGGGGUAGGUGUUGGGGGUACCCUGCUGCUCAGACCUGAGCCCUCCAGGCAGCAGAGCACCACUCACCCCCUCCCUACCCUGUCUGUUCCCCAAAGACAAGAGGGAAGGGAUCCCCCACCCCAAGGCAGAGCUUCCCCAUCUCCUCCCUCCUGCAGGCAGGAGUCUCAGGGUCCAGACCCUUCCCUGAGCCCCCACUACCCCAAUUCCUGUCUACAGGGAAUUAAGCCUCAUCCCAGGACUAGAUGGGUUAGGUUUCAUGCGGUGUGCCUUUCCGGCCCCAGCCUUGGAAGAAGUUGCUGUUACUUUGAAGACUACUGAGUCCUUUUACUCUUCCCAGUGGGAUGGGACCCAAACAUCUCCCAGCAGGGAGACUGGCCGGGGCGGGGGCGGGGGGUGGAUGCUAGGGAUAUAAUACUGUUUUUGUAAUACAGCAUUUCCUACAAAAUCUGAGUUUAUACUUUGA